AUUUAUUGUUGCCUGAUUAUGUAACAUGAAAAUCAGACUGUGCUGGAAGAGCAGGUAUUGGCCAGAAGACCUCUUUGCAAUUUCUUUGCUGAACUUCGGCUGUGGCUAAGAAAACUUGUUCAAGGUGUGACACCUGACAAGGACUACGAGGAUAACAAAACUUACAGAAUGUCUUCCAACGAGGUGCAAAAUGUCAACAGGAUUUCUCCCCUUGAGGGAGGCAAUUAUGUUCAACUCAAAACCUUGCAAAGCAAUGAAAUGUUGAAAGCCACCCAACGAAGACCGAGCUUCAUCAACAAGAGGGAAUGUUCAGCAAAAUUACGCUCUGACGAACAGGGCUGCUUCAGAACAUGGAUUCAGGGAAACAUCACCAAGAAGAGUUGUACUCACUUUGUGGAGAGUGAGAAUGUCCUGAAUGACAUGGGGCCAGUGUGUGACUGUGGAUACCCGGAGAUCCACCACAGUGAAGAAGCCCGUAGAGCUGGCAGCCUACAGCAUGAGAAAUGGAGUUCCACAAAACACCUGCAGGAGCAUCCAACCGAUGCAUUCGGAGACAUUGCGUUUGAAGGGCAAGGACAGAAGAGUGGGAAGUAUGUUCGAGUCUCAAAUGAUACAUCGCCAAAUACAAUAUACCAGCUGAUGACCGAGCACUGGCGCCUAAGUCCUCCGCACCUUCUCAUUUCUGUUACUGGAGGGGCAAAAAACUUUCAUCUGAAGCCAGACCUGAAAUUCACAUUCCGCAGAGGCCUCAUCAAAGUGGCACAGUCAACAGGUGCAUGGAUAAUCACCGGGGGUUCCUAUGCUGGCGUGAUGAAGUACGUUGGAGAGGCUGUCAGGCACUGUAACAUGACCAGCAGCCACAAGGAAAAGCAGAUUGUCGCAAUUGGCAUCGCCAGCUGGGGCAUCGUGCACAACCGUGAAAGCCUGGUUGAUACACAGGGCAAGUUUCCUGCAACAUAUUACUUGGAUGAAGCAAAUCAGGGCAGGUUAACUUGUUUGGACCACAACCACACCCAUUUUAUCCUGGUAGAUGAUGGGACCAAUGGACGCUAUGGUGUGGAGAUUUCCCUGAGAACCCAUUUAGAAAAGUACAUAUCAAAGCAGCGAAUUGGGACUGAAGAUGUUGGAAUUGAGAUUCCAAUUGUAUGUGUUGCCCUUGAAGGUGGUCCUGGAACAUUGAGUACAAUACAUAGUGCGAUAAGCAAUGGGACUCCUUGUGUCAUUGUGGAGGGUUCAGGCCGAGCGGCUGACGUACUGGCUGCAGCAGCCAAUUUACCUAUGAUGCAGAUUACCAUCUCCUUCAUUCAGAAGCAGCUGCGCACGUUCUUCGCUGACUGCUACAACACGUUCUCUGAUCAAGAUAUAAUACUAUGGACCAAAAAGGUCCAAGACAUCAUCAGGAUGCAGGAUCUUCUGACUGUUUUCCAAGCAGAUGCAUCAGGGAACAAUGAUUUGGAUGUUGCCAUUCUUCAAGCCUUAUUGAAAGCUUCCAGCUCCAGUGGGCACCAAUGGCAAGAGAACCUGGAUCAUCAACUGCAGCUGGCUAUAGCAUGGAACAGACUUGACAUUGCCAAGAGCCACAUCUUUACUAAUGACAAACAGUGGAAGUCCUCCCACCUCCACCAAGCCAUGUUUGCUGCUCUUGUUGGAAAUAAACCUGGGUUUGUGAAACUCUUCUUAGAGAACGGAGUGAACUUGGGUGAAUUUCUCUCACAGGAAAUGCUUGUCCGACUUUACAACAAUAUUCCAGAUCACACUCACUUAUACAAGAAACUGCACAAAGUGCUAGACAGUGAGAAGCAGACACAGAUCAAUGAUACGCUGGAGAACAAGGGGAAAGUCCACCUUUAUCAUAUCUCCAUAGUCCUGAAGGAGCUGCUUGGUGAAUUCAUGGAGCCACUCUAUAAAAGCAAAUCAUUUAAUGCGGCAAGUAUUGACCAACAGCAGGAGGGAAAUCUUGAAGAUCCACUGCGCGACCUCUUCAUCUGGGCAAUCUUAAUGAAGCGCAAGUAUCUGGCUUCCAUCUUCUGGGAACAGGGCAAGGACAGUAUCGCUGCCUCACUGGUUGCCUGUAAGCUUCUGAAGAAGAUAAUUUCAGAUGAGAAUGACACAGACCUGUACGAUGAGAUGGAAGAUCUGGCUCAGGAGUACGAGGAUCAAGCCAUCGGGCUUUUCAGCAAAUGCUACAGGAAACAUGCCAAGCGUGCACAGAAGCUGCUGGUUCGGGUUUCUUCGACCUGGGGAAAAGCCACAUGCUUGCGCCUGGCAUUGGAAGCUGACAGCAAGAAGUUCAUGGCACAUGGAGGUGUUCAGGACUUACUGACCAAAAUCUGGUGGGGGGAGCUCUCUGUAGACACACAUACUUGGCAGGUGCUUCUAUGCUUGGUACUCUGGCCCAUCAUCUACUCAAAGCUCAUCACUUUCAGGCAUGAAGAACAAAGGAAAAAAGCACCACAGAGCAAGGCUGAGCUGGUUGCUAAAACACCACCUCCGCACAGCAUACCGCCAGCCCUGAUACACAAUGAGCAGGACACAAAGCCUUUGUCCUGUUGGCAGCAGUUGAGAGCAUUCUACACAGCUCCAGUGGUGGUAUUUUAUUGGAAUGUGCUGGCUUAUUUUGGCUUCCUCUGGCUCUUCUCCUAUGUUCUGCUGAUUGAUUUCCAGAGCAAGCCUUCCUUCAGGGAGUACCUUCUCUACAUCUGGAUCUCAACACUGGUGUUGGAAGAAGUAAGACAGUUCUUCUACGAUCCAGGCAGCUUCGGGGUCCGUAAGAAGGCACUGCUUUAUAUCAACAGUGUUUGGAAUAAGAUGGACGUAGCUGCCAUUUUCAUCUUUAUCUUGGGUCUCCUUUGCAGGUUAUUUCCUGCAACAUUUUACCAUGGGCGGAUUAUUUUGGCCUUGGACUUCAUCAUUUACUGUCUGCGGUUGAUGCACAUCUUCACUGUCAGUAAGACACUUGGGCCAAAGAUUAUCAUGUUGGAGAUGAUGGUGAAGGAUAUCUUCUUCUUUCUGUUCCUGCUGGCAGUGACGAUAGUGGCCUAUGGUGUCGCAAAUCAUGCCAUCCUUAUUCACAAUGAAAAACGGCUAAACUGGAUAUUCCACGGAGUUAUCUACAAGCCUUACCUGAUGAUCUAUGGAGAUGUCCCGACUGACAUCAGCUAUUCAGGCUUUGACCUGAGUCAGUGCACCGUGAAUGGCACUGACCCAUACCAGCCUAAGUGUGCUGAACAUGACAGCCUGGACCAGCCCAUCUUCCCCGAGUGGCUGACCAUCAUCCUGCUCUGCCUCUACCUGCUCUUCACCAACAUCCUGCUGCUCAACCUGCUGAUUGCAAUGUUCAACUAUACCUUUCAAGUGAUCCAAGAAAAUACAGAUAAGAUCUGGAAGUUCCAGAGGUACUCAUUGAUUGAGGAGUACUACACCCGUCCGCCUGCACCUCCUCCCUUCAUUAUAUUUAGUCACAUAUUCUUACUGAUUGAGUGUGUAACCUGCAGGAAAUCAAAACGGAAGCACAAGAAAUUCAAGAAGCAGCUAGAAGAGAAGGAGGAAGAUGAGAUUUUAACCUGGGAGGCUAUAAUUAAAGAGAAUUACAUUGACAAGCAGAAACGGAACGAGAGCCAGAGUUUAAAUGAGCAGGUCAAGUGCACCUUGGAAAGGGUGGAGAUGAUAGCGGAGGUGCUGGACAUGAACCGAGAGAGGAACAAAUUUGAGUCAGUGGAGCAGAACAUCAAUCACCUGGAGGCACAGAUGCUGCAGAGUAUGCGGGCCUUAAACUGGAUCAUGAACGCUCUGAUAAGCAAAGACUUUGGGCCUCGGGACAGUGCACCAGCUCUUGUAAUUACUGACCAUAGGAACAUAGAAGAAGAAGCUGUUGAUGAAGAGAAGGAAUUGAAGCCCCUGUACCACAUUAAAGCUCGCGACUUGAUCUAUCCAGACAGCAACAUUCAACGCUUCCCUGUGCCUGAUGAGAUGGUCCCCUGGCAGGUUCAUUUUCCUGAGUACAGUCCACCUUCUUACACGGCAGAAACAGCAGAAGGCAAUUGGCCGAGAAGGAAAACUGCUCCAAUAGUGAAGUUUCCAGACAGUGGAUUGGACGACAACUCUGACCCCGCUGAGGAACGCUGCCAGAAUCCAGUGGGAAGGACUGGGCUGACUGGAAGAGGGAGCCUGCACCGUUUCGGAUGCAACCGUGCAAUGGAACCUAUCAUAACUCGCUUUAAAAUGAGUGAUAAUUCGGUGGUAACGAAAGGUUCCAAGUAUGUAUUGGAGUUACUGGUCGUUCAAUAUCCAGGUGAAGACUGGACCCUGCCCACGGGUAUUCUGGAUCCUGGAGAGAAGUUCCCAAAGAAACUGAAGCUUAUAUUAAACACAAAGAUGAUGAACAUGUUUCAGAACCUACUGAAGAAAGCUGAAGAGGUUCACACUGGAUAUGUGGAUGACCCGAGGAACACAGAUAAUGCAUGGAUCGAAACUCAGGCCCUCAACUUUCAUCUGGAUAAAGACAAUCCGCUCAUAAAUGCUCUCACCAGUCGAGACGGGUCGGAAGCUAGCAACGAGAUCAAGCUGCCCCUCUUGCAGAAUGGCUUGGCACAGGAGGUCAUGGUUAAAUGGCAGGUGGUGGAGCAGGGGGUGCCAGUGUGCAUGGUCUACAAGGACUACCUACAGGUUGUGGCAGAGAAGCGCUCUGCCCACUUCUAAGUCCUGAAAACAUCUGAUCACAGGGAUGUGUUGAAUAUCACCAAAGAAAGGCGCAUGGAAAUUAAUCUUGAAGCUCUGUUCUCAUCAUGUGCUACUACAAGAAGUACCCAGUGUCAAGGGUCCUCUUUGGAACUGGUGCCGAACAAUGCGUUCUAUACUACGACUUCCAUUGUAGGGAGGGUCACACCAUGUAAUCAUUAACCCAUCUGUUUCCUGAGUCUUUGCAGUAUUAAGGGAAGUGAAAUAUUGCACUGUGAAUCUUUACACACUGGUAGACACAAACAAAAGGCAAUAUCUGACCUGAAAGUCAAGAAAACUGCGGCAGGUCAGGUCACACCUGUGGGUAGAGAGACUGGAUCAACAUUUCUGUCCGGAGAGUCUUUGCUAGGUCUUGAGGGGUCUCUUCCCACCAAUGUGGCUGGUCCUGCUAAGUGUUUCCAGCAUCUUGCUUCGUCUAGCUGUCCCAACUGAUGACAGCACUGAGAAUGAUCAAAUGAAGCUUGAGAGGAAGGGAUUCUGGAAAAACUUCACUUUUAAGUUAAUAGUGAUUAUAAAGUAAAACAUUCACAAUUUCAAAUGGAUUUUAAUGGUAAAUUGAGAGUUGAUUAUGAAGAAUUUUGAUGGAAACAGUGACAGGUAAUUAUAAAAGGCUCUGUGUAAGUGUUGCCAGGUGAUUUUAAAAAGAUUUUAAAGGUCAAAGUUGAGCUAUUAAUAAUCACUGAGGGAAAAUCUGUCCGUUCCCAAAUCUGUAACUUAUGCAAUUAUGAAAUUGGAAUUGAUUAAUAAUCAAACUAAUUGUUUGCAUAUUAGUUUAAUUGUUUAAUUAUUUGAGUUUAAUUGUUUAAUUAUUGUUUAAAUUGUUU